AGCCUGAAAGAACAGGCUGAGUGGGUGGGAAGCUUAUAUUCAUCAGCUCGCCUUAACUGACAGCUCUUUGAAAUGGCCUUGUGGUCAUUGCAGGUAACACGGUAACCGAUGGGACAAGGCAUUGAUGAUAAGGGCUUGUUUAUGGAAGACAAGAGGCUAGUACCUCAGUUAAUUACUGCAACUGAGCUAUCAAGCAUGCUGAGACGAACACCUGUGUAAGCCUAACUCGGGAAGUGUAGUUUCAUCGGAUGGAGGCACCCAUAACUGUCGGCAUCUGUGCAGUAAGGAUAAAUGCUGCCCCUCCUACUGCCCAUCAUCAGCGGCUACAGUUCUUGGCUGAGCCUAUCAGUGUUGUGGCUGAGGGUUCCAGUGAGCUCACCCUGUCUGCAGCCUCUGUCCCUUUGCUGGCCCACCACCCUCUGGUGAGUGGACCUGAGUUCCAGUACAUACGAGCAGCAGUGGGUCAUCGACUGGAUGCAUUCUCCUCGGGAGUUCUAGUUGUUGGCCAGGCAAACAAGGCUUUGACUGAUCUCUACAGAUCUCAUGUCACUAGAAACACAUCACAGCUGGAGAAAGUCCUGGCCAUGAUCCAGGGAUCCAAUCAGAAGGCCUUGCUCAUGUACUCUAAGGUGGACAUGAACACCCAGGAGGCCUAUGAGCUGGCUGCGAAGGGGAAACUCCAUCCCGACUGGAUCUCUCCCCCUAUUAUGACAGGCCUGCGUUUAUUACACUUCCAACCACCCCACUAUACCUUGGAGGUGCAGUGUUUGAAUGAAACCCAGCGAUACCUGUGCAGAAUCUUGCAUGAGGUGGGCUUGGAGCUCCGCAGCACGACUGUAUGUAAAGCAGUGCGCCGCACCAGUGACGGACCCUUCACCGUACAGCACACUUUGACCCGCCAACACUGGACUGCCCCUGAUGUUACACAGGCCAUCCAACAGUCCAGGAAGGCUAGAAAAUCCAAGAGCACACAGCCAGGGGAGAAUACAGGAACAGCCAGCGAAGACAGGAAAUAGAGGAAAAAGCAGCAGUCACUGGUGAUUCCCACCGGUUACACUUGGUAUUGACCUCAAAAGCAUUUGGCUCUAGAUGUCCUUGGGAUUAGAUAUCCUUGAAUAGACUGGUUUUAGU